AUGGCGGCGGCAGAGGUGCUGAAUCUACCGGACCUGCUGGAGCCCAUUCUGCAGCAUCCUCCUGCUUGCAACCUCUCCCAGCUGAAACGUGUCAACCUCACAUGGAAAAGAAUCAUCGAGACAUCCGCCGACCUGCGCCGUGCAACCUUCAUGGAGGCUGAUGGAAAAGUCAUCGCCAUGAAGACCGGCAUUAGCGAGCUCUGGGAUCACGAACGUAGGACCUGGGGCCCGGAGUAUCUGGUGCAGGAGGGAAAGAUUGUCAUGGCGCCGAUCUUUGAAGGACGGUCCCGAUACCCGCGCUAUUGCAGACCACGCCCUCUCGACCUAGAUGUCUUCACACAACAUGUUAUGAUUUUCGGGAACACUCUGGACGUCGACUUGUUUGUGCCGGCUUCCCUCCAUGGCAUGUUCAUCACCCAACCACCCAUCAACAUCAUCGAGGUGUGCAUCCAGCGCGACAUCCCACAGGCCUCCUUGACCCGCGCGCUGCUCCGCGAUGACAACGGCAUGACUCUCGGUCAUGUGGUCGACACGUUUCGGAGAAUGGGCCCAUCCUUGUCCGUCGUACAAAAGCCCUUUGCGACUGAGAAGAUGCUGCUAAUGAGUCGCUUCUGUUUUGUCGGUGAACAGCAUGAGGACCUGCCAGGCACUGACGGCGACUACGCUUUUGAUGACGACAGCAGCGAAACCGACUCCGACGACUAUCCGAUCUUCGAGUUCUACAAUUUCGACUUAGUGGAGCUAGCCAGGCGCAAAGAGAAGAUGAUGAGGAAGCAUCUUGGAGAACGGUACCACAGGAGCGCUGGUUUGAUGGGGGCUACAAUGUCAACUCCUGAAGGCAUCAUGGGUGUCAGCGGAUGGUAG